CAGGUGAAUGGAGGCAGGCAUGACGACAGAUGGCACGCACGCUCCCAGGGAUUAUAUAUUAACUCCCAGCAGCUCAGAUUCUCUCACACACAGAACGCCUCGCACAGACUUGCACAGAACCCAGCAGAAUCAUCAUGCAGCAAAGGCAGCCAGCGCAUUGCAGCGCCGCCAGCGCACAGUAAAACAGGGGGGAAAAGCAGAGGAUUUAACUCAUGGACAAAGUGACAGAGGGGAGUUUUUCUGCAAUCACCAUGGAGGUGUGGAGCUCCUCAGCGUCCGAGGAGGAGGAGGAUGACAAGAGCACGUCCAGCUACGUGGAGGAAAUACUUGAAGAGGAUAAAAUCAGCCACAACAGCAAUAAUAGCAAUAACAACAAUAACAACAACGAGAGCCUUUGCAAGGAGGUAACGCAAGUGCUGUGCUCAGACAGAGUGGGCCAGGUCACCAAGACGUAUCAUGACAUCAAGGCGGUGACCCACCUGCUGGAGGAGAAAGAGCGGGAUCUGGAGUUAGCGGCUCGAAUCGGUCAGUCCCUCCUGAAGCAGAACCAAGAGCUGACGUCUCGCAACGAGACGCUGGACGAACAGCUGGAAAUCGCAAAGGAAGAGAUCGCUCAGCUUCGCCAUGAGCUGACCAUGCGAGACGACCUGCUGCAGUUCUACGCCAGCACAGAGGAGACGGAGAAUGCUCAGGGCCUCUCACCAAUUAAAAGAAAUGAAUCCAGCAGUUCUCUCAGCAACUUUGUCCAUUAUGACUUUCUGCAUCAGAAACUGAAGAGUUUGGAGGAGGAGAACCGCAAACUGAGACUAGAGGCCACUGAGCUCUCCACAGAAACGACCAACUACGAGGAGCAGGAGCAGGAGCUGAUGAUGGUGUGUGUGGAGGAGCUCUCGUCUGCAAAUAAACAAGUGGUGGACCUGUCGGAGGAGCUGGCUAGAAAGCUGGAGGACACCGUCCGACAGCAGGAGGAGAUCAGCUCUCUGCUCGCUCAGAUCGUCGACCUGCAGGCCCGCUGCAAAGGGCUCAGUCAUGAGAACGAAGAUCUGAACCACCAGCUGAGUUCCUCCAGAGAGAAGGAGGCAAAACUGAAGUCUGAGCUCAAGGACUUGCAGGACAAGUACUCUGAGUGUGAGGACAUGCUGCACGAGGCACAGAAGGACAUAAAGAACCUGCGAAAUAAGAGUCUGCCCAACAGCACGGUGCAGCGGUACACCGCGCUGGCCUCCGUCCUCCCCAUGGACUCCCUGGCUGCAGAGAUAGAGGGCACCUUCCGGAAAGGCCUGGACUCUCCCGCUUCGUCAGAGUACAAGAACCACCCAUAUCGCGUCUUCGAAACAGUGAAGGUGGCGAACAAAGCAGGGAAGAUGCGGUCCCAGUGCCACUCACCAGGACUACCGGGCUCCAGCCCCGUGUCCAGUUGCACCAGCACCCCUCGGACCAGCUACUACGGCUCCGACAAUGCCAGCUUCAUCCUGGAGGACAAGCCCGGCUCCAGCUCCGCUCAGAGAGAGGACAGCAAUGUUGGUGGUCCGAAACGCCUGGGCCAGCCGGGCACACCCGGAGGUCAGGACCUGGAAACCGCUCUGCGCAACUUGUCGGCUCGCCAGCAGAGCCACGCCUCUGACCGGCCCUUUUUCGACGUGGAGAGGGAACGGAAACUCCGCGCCUUGGCAAACUGCGAGGAGGGCGACGGCUCCAGCGGCUUCCUGACGCCAAACGACAGCCUGGCCUCCAGCUCAGCUGCUUCGACCGGCACCAACUACUCCAACGGGAGCUCACGGCACUCCUGCGGCUCCUCAGGAGGGUCCAGGUCCUACCUGCCAGACCGCCUGCAGAUCGUUAAACCUCUAGAAGGCUCAGUGACUCUGCACCACUGGCAGCAGCUGGCCAAGCCAAACCUGGGGGGCAUCCUCCACCCUCGUCCUGGAGUCCUGACCAAGGACUUCAAGGAGCUGGAGGUGGACGUGCAGCACGUCUACAGCCUGACCGACCUGGAGGAGGACGAGCCUGACCCCUCGCAGUUUUCUGCAGCUCAUGGUUUCGCGUCCUCAUCGGGUCCCACCCUCCCUAAGACCUUCCCCACACAUCCCAAAACCACCUGCAAAGUCCUCCAGCCCCCCCCUCUCGUCCCCUCCUUCUCCAAUCGCCUUCGCUCUUUCAGCCUGCCAUCUCAUCGGGACGGUGAGCACGUGAGCGCCUCGUCUUCCUCCGUCCUCCAGCACUUUCACCAGAGCAGCCUCGCCUCCGCCGCCGGCGCCACCGCAUCCCUGGGACUGCUGCAGCUGCUGCAGCAGCACGGCAUCUCCGCCUCCACCGACCCCUACAGCAACCUGCACUACGCCCCCACCGCGCCGCCGCAGCCGCCUCCUCGGACCUCCACCGGGAAACAGACGGAAGGACGCAGCUCAUCCUCGGACCAAAGUCGCGGGUCGAGCCUCUUCAGCCUGAACCUGGUGGAGAAGCUCCAGAGCCUCGGGCUGCACCGUGUGGCGGCCUGGGGAAUGAUGGGCCGGCGUGGGACCGACGGACACAAUCGCCCCACAAAACUGUGACACGCUCACCCCGACUUCACCACCGUGACUUCACAUUAAGCCAUGAGAUUCCCCCACCGUGCAAUUCACAGCCCACCGCAGCACCCCGUGUCUUGAAAAACAGAACGCCACCGAAUGUGUCGGAGCCGCGCUUGAGAUGGUAUCCGUGUAGAGCGAUGAACUCGGCCAGUGUUCACGUCAGGAGCCGAUUACAUCACACACACACAAAACGGCAAAAAGAAUCUUUUUAUAUUGUGUUUGUGAACGUCAUUUUACUGUUGUCUCCAUCGCUGGUUUUAAAUAAUGUAAUCAUUUGUUGGUUUUUUUUGUUGUUUUUUUUUAGUUUCCAAAGUGUAAAUAAUAGUAUUCUCGUUUGUUAUUUAAGGAAAAAGAAAAUACUACAUGCAGUAUAAAAACUGACGUUGUGGCACUGAAGAACAUUCAGAUGCACCAAAGCACUGGUUUUCCUGUACCUUAGAGCUGCUACACUGAGAGAAACUGAUACAGGAGCGCUGCGAUGGCGUCCUCUACAUAUCUUCUCAUCUCCG